CGGAGCCAGGGCAGCGAGAAGGCAUCUGACAGAGUCAGCAAAGCAGGACCAACCCCAAGCAAGAAGCUCGAGAGGAACGACAAACCUUAGGCCGCACCUGUCACAGACCCCAAGCACCCCAUCAGCCAAGUGGGACCCUCAGGAGGAUGGGUGACGCCCAGACGCAGGUGGCCCCCACACCAACCAUCCGGAUGGCGACUGCAGAGGACCUGCCGCUCCCUCCACCGCCAGCUCUGGAGGACCUGCCCCCGCCACCACCCAAGGAGUCCUUCUCUAAGUUCCACCAGCAGCGGCAAGCCAACGAGCUCCGCCGCCUGUAUAGGCACAUCCACCCUGAGCUGCGCAAGAACCUGGCUGAGGCCGUGGCUGAAGACCUGGCAGAGGUCCUGGAUUCAGAGGAGCCCACCGAGGGUGAUGUCCAGUGCAUGCGCUGGAUCUUUGAGAACUGGCGACUAGAUGCCAUUGGGAACCACGAGAAGCCAGCCACCAAGGAGCCCGUGCCCGGUGGCGACGUUCAGGCCACUUCCCGCAAGUUUGAGGAAGGCUCCUUUGCCAACAGCCUAGACCAGGAGCCAGCUGGACCUCGGCCAUCCAAAGGGGACGUUCGUGCAGCCCGCUGGCUGUUUGAGACAAAGCCGCUGGAUGAGCUGACAGGCCAGGACGAGGCACCCGAGGCUACGGAGAAGGAGCCUGCAGCCAGCGGAGAUGUCCAGGGUACCAAGAUGCUCUUUGAGACGCGGCCGCUGGACUGCCUGGGCUCCUGCCCCUCCAUCCAGGAGCAGAGCCCUUUGGAGCUGCGCUCAGAGAUCCAGGAGCUGAAGGGUGAUGUGAAGAAGACAGUGAAGUUGUUCCAAACCGAGCCGCUGUGUGCUAUCCAGGACGCAGAUGGGGCCAUGCAUGAGGUCAAGGCCGCAUGCCGCGAAGAGAUCCAAAGCAAUGCGGUGAGGUCAGCCCGCUGGCUCUUUGAGACCCAACCUCUGGAUGCCAUCAACCGGGACCCCAGCCAGGUGCGGGUAAUCCGGGGCAUCUCCCUGGAGGAGGGGUCCCGGCCUGACGUCAGUGCAACUCGCUGGAUCUUUGAGACACAGCCCCUGGAUGCCAUCCGGGAGAUCCUGGUAGAUGAGAAGGACUUCCAGCCAUCCCCAGACCUUGUCCCUCCUGGUCCAGAUGUUCAACAGCAGCGACAUCUGUUUGAGACCCGAGCACUAGACACUCUCAAGGGGGAAGAAGAGGCUACAGCAGAGGCUCCACCCAAAGAGGAAGUGGUCCCCGGCAACGUCCGCUCCACCCUGUGGCUAUUUGAGAUGAAGCCCCUCGACACUCCCAGAGACAAUGUCCAAGUGGGUCACCUGCAGCGGGUGGGUCCCCAAGAGGGUGAGGGACUCAUGUAUAAGCGUCUAUCUAGUGACAGCUCCUCAGCACUGUCACCCUCUCAGGCUGCCCCCCAGAGGGACGAGGUGAAAGGGGAUGUAAAGACCUUCAAGAACCUUUUUGAGACCAUUCCCCUGGACAGCAUCGGGCAGGGUGGGCCUCCAGCCCCCAGGAAUGUAAGCAGAGCAGAAGGAAUUGAUUCUGCGGGGCAGUCCCAGGACACAGGAUCCCCAGUGUAUGCCAUGCAGGAUGGCAAAGGCCACCUCCAUGCCCUGACCUCUGUCAGCAGAGAGCAGGUCGUAGGAGGUGAUGUGCAGGGCUACCGGUGGAUGUUUGAGACACAGCCCCUAGACCAACUGGGCCGAAGCCCCAGUACCGUCGACGUGGUGCGGGGCAUCACCCGGCAGGAAGUGGUGGCCGGAGAUGUGAGCACUGCCCGGUGGCUCUUUGAGACCCAGCCCCUGGAAGUAAUUCACCACCGGGAGCGGCAGGAACGACAGGAAGAAGAAGGAAGGAGCCAGGCAGGUCCCCAGCCUGAGGCACUCCCCAAGGGCGACGUGCAGACCAUCCGGUGGUUGUUUGAGACGUGCCCAAUGAGUGAGCUGGCAGAGAAGCAGGAGGCAGAAGUCACAGAUCCCACAACUAAGGCCGAGGCACAGUCCUGCACCUGGAUGUUCAUGCCGCAACCGCUGGACAGACCAGAAGGCUCCAGGGAACAGCACCUGAAAGUUAGCCAGGUCCAGGCUGGAGAAAGGCAGACAGACAGACAUGUCUUUGAGACUGAGCCUCUUCAGACUUCAGGUCGUCCCUGCGGAAGAGGGCCUGUGCGAUACUGCAGCCGAGUGGAGAUCCCUUCAGGCCAGGUGUCUCGUCAAAAGGAGGUUUUCCAGGCCCUGGAGGCAGGCAAGAGGGAAGACCAGGGAUCAAGGGCGACCCCUGAACCCAUCCCUGCAGGCUCUGUGCACAAGUUCACCUGGCUCUUUGAGAAUUGCCCCAUGGGCUCCCUGGCAGCUGAGAGCAUCCGAGGGGGCGACCUCCAGGAAGAGCAGCCUGUGGGCCCAUCAGACAGCAGGGUGCUGGAGAGGCAGGAGACAGCAGCCGAGGGGACCCUGCGGGCUCUGCAUGCCACGCCGGGCAUCCUGCACCGUGGAGGCAUCCUCAUGGAGGCCCGAGGGCCAGGGGAGCUCUGCCUUGCCAAGUACGUGCUCCCAGGCCCAGGGCAGGGGGUGCCCCUCAUACGGAAGGAGGAGCUAGUGUCUGGUGAGCUUCCCAGGAUUGUCCUUCAAGUGCUACGCCGGCCAGAUGUGGACAAGCAGGGGUUGCUGGUUCAGGAGGACCCAGUGGGCCAGCUCCAGCUCAAGCCAUUGAAGCUUCUAGCUCCAGGCAGCAGCGGGAAUGUUGAAGACAUGGACCCUGAGUUCCAGCAGUUGCUGGCUUGUGGUUUGGGCACCUCAGGGGCGAGGACUGGGCUGGUGAUGCAGGAGACAGAGCAGGGCUUGGUCUCACUGACCGCCUACUCUCUGCAGCCCUGGCUAACCAGCAGGGCCCCCGAGAGGAGCAGUGUUCAGCUGCUGGCCAGCUGCAUAGACAAAGGAGAUCUGAGUGGCCUGCACAGUCUGCGAUGGGAGCCGCCAGCUGACCCAAGUCCAGUGCCAGCCAGCGAGGGGGCCCAGAGGCCGCCCCCAACUGAGAGCAUCAUUCAUGUUCCCCCACUGGACCCCAGUAUGGGGAUGGGGCAUCUGAGAGGUCCCGGGGAUACUCCCUACCCGCCACGGGCCAUUGGAAAAGCAAUCCCUCUGACUGGCAAAGAAAAGCAAGAAGACAGUUGCACUGGACAGAAAGGGAUGGCAGCUUUGGCAAAAUCAGAUGGAGCCAUGACUACACCCCCAGGGCCCGGAGUCCCAGACCUCCAGGCCGCCAUGCACAGUCUGCGGAUGGCAACGGCUGAGGCCCAAAGCCUGCACCAGCACGUUCUGGAUAAGCACAAGCGGGGCCCCGCCCAGGGGACUAGUUCCCUCCUCUUCCAGGAUGGUCUUCCGCAAGCACCGGCCACAGCCACGGGGUCUGCCCAGACCAACACCAGGCCUGUGGCUGGAGGUGACCCCAGGAUCCCAGCAGCCCCCGUAAAGGUCAGUGGGGAACAGAAAGCACUGCCCGGAGGGCUGCCUGGAGGGUGGGUGACUAUUGAGGAUGGCAUCUAUACUGCUCAACUCGUGAGGAACUGUGACCAGCCCUCUGAGAGUGAACCCCCACCAAGGGGCAGAGAGACUGCCCUCUCCGCCCAGGCUCCCAGCCCACUCCAGGAAGACCCAGGUCGGAGUCUUGGGUCAGGGCAGGAGGAGCGUGGGGGCUGCAUGCCGAGGACCUGGGGGCCUGCAGAAAAAACAAUGGCAGGAGUGGGCCCAGGGGGCCUCCGAGCUGCAGAGAACACCCUAAAGGCUGCCUCUUUAGACCGCCACACUCUGGCCGCUGGGCCUCAGGCCGCAGGUGCCAGCCUACAUUCCCAUAAUGCCUCUGUUCCUCCUCCUCCUCUCCCAGCUGCUGUGACAGGACCUGACUGCCCAGCCCGCACCCACCAUGAUGAGGACUCCUUCCAGCAGGCCUCCAAGCUCCUGCAGGACCCCCUUCUCCACUCCUACAGCAGCCCUGCUGGCCAGAGAACCGCUGGGGAGUCACAGACAAAAACCCCGAAACCGGAACCCACCAUGUCCCCAAGGAAGAAGCCCCAGCUGCCCCCCAAACCUGCACAUCUAAGCCAGAUCCCUCUUCCUCAGAGGCUGCCCAAGCCCUCAGCUCUAUCUCCCAGUUCCUUCCAAGGAGCAUACAAACAACGUGAGAAAAAUGCAGCCAUCCCUCGGCCAGCAAAUGUCCCCACCACUGCAGGCCAGGGAUGCAUAUCUCUGGCUGGAUGUCCCCAUGGUCAGAGCCUCCAACAUGGCCCCAGCACCAUGUCCCCCAAGCCCACCAAGAAUCAGGCUGUGGGCAGCAGUCCCCAGGGCCCUGAGCCUCCCAAGCUCUCAGCUGUCUGUGGUGAACCCACCUCACCGCAGCAGGGCCCCAGGCCCCUAGGAGAGAAGCCCAUGGAAGGUUCCCAGCAAGGGGCCCCCGAGAGCCCGGAAAUUCUGCAGGAAAGCCAGCAAGAGCUCCAGGGCCUCCUGAGCCAAGUGCAGGCCCUGGAGAAGGAGGCAGCAAGCAGUGUGGAUGUGCGGGCACUGCGGAGGCUCUUUGAGGCUGUGCCCCAGCUGGAAGGGGCCCCCCAGGCUCCCGCUGCUCCCCGGAAGCCCGAACCCUCAGUGCAGCAGGCCUUUGGAGAGCUGACAAGGGUCAGUGCGGAGGUUGCCCGGCUGAAGGAACAGACCCUGGCCAGGCUGCUGGACAUUGAGGAGGCUGUGCACAAGGCCCUCAGCUCCAUGUCUAGCCUCCAGCCUGAGGCUAACACCAGGGGCCAGUCCCAAGGACCCCCAAAGGACCACAGUGCCUGCAAGGUCAGUGUCAUGGACAGCAGUAGAACCAGGCCCAACUGCUCAGUCCAGGAGGUCAGGGGCCAAACUGCAGUCAAGAGCCAAACCAAGGUUACAUGUCAUACUGAGGUCCAGAGUCAAGCCAAGGUCAGAAAUCACACAGAGGCCAGAGGUCAAGCAGCCUCAACUGCUCCUUCCACCAGGAGGCUGGAGACAUUAAGAGAGGAUUCAGGCUUCCCUCAAGUCUUCCCUUCCAGCAGAGAUUCACCCUCCUCCCCAACCUUCAUUUCCAUUGAGUCGGCCACAAGGAAGCUUGCAGAAGCCCCCAGCCUCAGGGACAGCCCCGAUGUCAUGAAAAGCACACACCAGGCCCAGGAUGUGGGCCAGGUCCUGCUCCAGCAGAAAGGUGUCCAAGAUGAGACCAGGAAGAAAGAAGUCACCCAGUGCUCUGGACAGCCCAAGUCUGCCCCUGCCUCAGCCAGUCCCCUGUCCAGUGUGCGGCAGAAAAGUGUCCUGGAACUGCAGACAGGGCCGGGCGGCUCCCAAUGCUAUGGAGCCAUGAAAAAUGUCACUGAGCAGUAUGAGGGGGUGGAUGAGUGCAGGAACAUAGUCCUCACAUCCGCCACCAUGGUCACGGAGCAGGCAGGGUCGCCCAGGGGCCCAGGUCCCCACCUUGGGCUCCACGCCUCCCCCUUGUUGCGGCAGUUCCUGCACAGCCCAGCUGAGCUCAGUGGGGGCUUGGCAGAAGCCCAGGGGGUUCCGGUGUCCUGUGGCCACUCCCAGCCUGCAGCCCAGUGAGCCCCUCCGCCUCCCACCACGGCUUUCCACCUGUUGCUGGGGCACCUCCCUCCAGGGCACUGAGGUGGGUGCUACCUCCUGCACACACGAGGCCAGGACUAAGAUGAAAGGGCAUCUUUGGAGACCUGUGAGCGGUUUUCCUUUUGUUGGCUCCAUCAAUAGGCCCAGUUCUUGGAAAGGAAGGAAGAAAGGUUAAAAAAAGGCCUGCUGAGUUGCCCGGGCAUGGGAGUAGGAUGGGGGCUCACCGCUGCAUAAGGAGGGUGUAAUAUGUGCAGGCACACAUGCUCCUCGUGGGACCCCUAGAGUGACCUGCCACCCUUGGCCUCUAUGUCUUUUAUUAUGAGUCGAAAUGUUCUCAGCCAUCUGCUCUUUAAUUCCUAGAGAGGACAGGGCCAACUAGACACUGGAUUGGUCUCCGCUUGGGACUGGUCUGAGGGCUCCAGGAGGGCCCUGCUGCAGCCCCUUUAUCACAAUCUCCAUCGAUCAGAGGGUCAUCCUGGCAGCCCAAAGGUCACACAGACAAGGUUGGCAAUCAGUAAUGCCCCUAGAAGCCAAAGGUACUGCCUCCCCGCCCCCACUGCCCCUCACUGUGCAUCCAAAUGAGAAGGAAACAGUCUGAAUAAACCCAAGUUUUAUUCUC